CAGAGCAAAAGUGGGCGUUUAUCACCUUGUGGGUAUUUUCAAACUGCUGGGUGUUUCUAAAUUAUGCAAUCAAAAUGAUCCCCCUUACCCAACCCCACCCCUAAACCUAACAUCACUAUGACGUCAGCCAAUCAGGUAUCAUGGUGUAAAAACACCCUGAUCUGGUAACUCCCAUUACUUUCCUGCAGAGACCUUGAGCUGAGAGGAGAUGAUGCUGACGCUGAUGUCACUCAGCUAGUUGCAGACACCUCAGACGUCAACACACCGAAAGAGGGUAGUGAGUUUAUUGGAGAUGGCGUUUGUGAAGAGCGGAUGGCUGCACAGACAAAGCACCUUCUUGCGCCGCUGGAAGAGGAACUGGUUUGACCUCUGGUCAGAUGGACGUCUGGUCUUCUACGAUGACCAGCAGCGGCGGGACAUGGAGGACGAAAUCCACAUGAAGGUGGACUGCAUUAACAUCCGCAACGCCAGCGCAUGUAGAGAUCUCAUGCCGCCUGAAGGCAAGAGCAAAGACUCCCUCCUGCAGAUCGUCUGCCGGGACGGUCGGGUCAUCAGCAUCUGCGCAGACAGUGCAGACGAUGCUUUGGCUUGGAGCAUGGCUCUCCAGGAUGCUAGACUUAACACUAUUGCGCAGCAUCCUCAGGUUGGUUUUGCCGAGGACAUUGUAGCAUCAGCUCCUCCACCCUAUUCUGAGUUAAACCCAACUCCACAGGUUUUCUGUCCUGAUGGAUAUGGCGGUUAUGUUCCUCAUCCUCCUCCUUAUACCACACAGAUGGUCUACUCAGCAGAUGGGCAGCAGUAUGCAGUUGCCCACCCGUAUCUUUAUCAAGGGGGAUACACACCCGGCGUCAACCAUGUCAUAGUGCAGGAGCGCCGGCGUGAGGACACAGGUGACGUUGCUCUGGGGAUGCUGGCUGGUGCUGCGACGGGAUUGGCCCUCGGCUCCCUGUUUUCCGUAUUCUAAUGUGUUUUUGUGAACCCAGCCCAACCCCACCUGACCUACAGUGCAGAAAACCCUUCCCGUGUUGUUUUAACUUUCCCUUUACGCCUCGUAAUUCACAGGUCUGAUAAUGUAGCCGGGCUGGGAUAAUAUUCAUUUACUUUUCUGUAUUUGUCUUUGUACCAAAGCUUAUGUAAUUUGGAUUAGGCACCAGCAAACACAUUUGCUUUAGAAAUUUAAUCUGUAGCAUAUAAAGAUGUAGACUACAAUAUUGGCGGCUU